AUGUCUUUGGUAAGAUACGAUUCUACAACUUCUAUGGAUCUCAUCCGUGAAGGAGAUGAAAAACAACUGACUGUCGUUUAUAAAAAUAACGAAUCUAAUGAAAUUGUCCUUUAUGAUUCAGCCACUAAUGAGUUUGAGGUGGUCAAACUGGACGACUACUUCCAGCCUUCUAACAAUCAACCAAACAACUCCAGUGAUGGUGUAGAAGACACACACUCAAACCUCAAUAACGGGUACAUAUGUUCCCAUUGUGGAAUGUUCAAUGAAAUAGACCAACUAAAUGUCGAUGAUCAUCAGCACCACCACCAUCACCAACGUCGUAAUCGUGACACUGAUGACUUCUAUAAACAGCCCUUUUCAUUCAGCAGCAUGGCUGAUAAUGAGAAGUUUGCACGAGCAACUCCAAAAACUUUUAUGAGGAGUGACUAUUUCCGGUUGUUGACUAAUUCAGUUUCUAAGAACCAAUUAAACCAAAGAGAGUUGACUGAUGGUGAUCAACAUUAUCAAUUCCAUAAAAUACCAGAAGUUCUAAUUAACCAAGGCUAUUUCAAUAAAUUCUUCAAAGUUUUAUCUGAAUUAGGUAAGGGUUCUUUUGGCGCUGUAUACAAAGUUGAGCAUGAAUUGUUGGGACUAAAUCUAGGUGUAUUUGCUUUGAAGAAAAUAGCUAUUGGUGAUGAUGUCAAUAACCUAAGAAAGAUUUUAGGUGAAGUGAAGUUCUUAUAUGAUUUAAGUUGUAAUUUGUCGGAUAAUUUCAACAACGCCACAUACAGUAACAACGUGGUCAAAUAUAAUCAUGUGUGGGUUGAAGUAGAUCAAGUUUCGACGUUCGGACCUAAAGUCCCUGUUGUCUUUCUACUUUUUGAAUACUGUGCAGGUGGAACAUUAGAGGAUUGGGUUCAUAAGCUCACAAACCCAAAACUAAGUCUAUUUGAGCAAAAAAUCUUAAGAAGAAAGAAGAAAAGUAUACAUUCCAAAAUUAAACCAAGAUUAUUGAAUAAUUUGGAAAUUUUUAAAGUGUUCAAAGAUAUUACACAGGGUUUGAACUAUUUGCAUGAUAUGAACAUCUUACACCGUGACUUGAAACCUUCCAAUUGUUUAUUCAGAAAUACAUUCCCAGAAAACUAUAUACCUAUUACAAAAUUAGAAGAUUUAGAUAAAAUUCCAACCCUUUUAGUUUCCGAUUUCGGUGAAUCCAUAAUGGUGAACUCACUUGAAGAAUCAUGGCAGAAUGAUCAAUCUACCGGUAACACCGGCACUAUCGAAUAUGUUGCGCCAGAAGUAAUCCUAAAGAGGAAACAAAAGGAGAAAUUACCACAAUUUGGAGGCUUCAGUUAUUCGAGCGAUAUAUAUUCAUUAGGUAUGUUACUAUAUUAUCUGUGUUUUGGAAAACUACCUUUCAUCCAUGAUUCAAAAGAGGGUAUUAGCGAGGAAAUUUUAAAUGAAGGCUUAUUUGAUAAUUUAUAUGAUCUAAGAGGUAAUGAGGACGGAUUCCUAUAUGAUUGGAUAGAACUAAUUGAAGCACUAGUUGUUAAAAAUCCAAAUGAUAGACCUUUAACCAAUGAAAUUUUGGGGGUUCUAGAUAAAAUCUACCAUAAGUUACAACAGAUCGAAAAUGAAAAUUUGAAACAACCCGAAGAUAUAGCCACAGAUCAGGAUAUAGUGGCAAAGGGGGUCAACGGGAUCAAUUACAACUAUCAUCAUAUAAACAUGAUUAUUAUGGGAGUGGUAAACAUAUUUAUUUUCAAAUCAUUGGACCUCUUGAUUUUCACAAACUUGCAAUUUUUACUCCUUGGACUCUAUUUUGGUGAUUCAAGAUUUUCCAAUUAUACCUAUCAGAUUGGGGUUUUCAGUUCCAUUACUCUGAUGCUAUAUUAUAUAAUUACACUGUGGAUUCAUAAGUAA